ACAGCGGGAAAUCAGUCCCUCGGAGCAGGCGCGACGGGUGGCAGGUUGGGCUGGACGCGGGGAGCUUCCCUGGGGUGCCGAGAGCCUCGGUCCUCCUUUGUGGCGUGGCCUGCCUGCCCCUGUCAUCAGGAAGAGCUCAAGUGGGUCUCUCCCCCACCACUCUGGGACAGGGCAGCAUGAGCCGGCCAAGGCACGUGGGCAAGAUCUGGAAACGCCUGGAAGAUGUCAAGAGCCACUGGGUCCGGCCGGCCAGGGCAGACUUCAGCGACAAUGAGAGCGCCCGGCUGGCCACAGAUGCCCUCCUGGAUGGGGGGCCUGAGGCCUACUGGCAGGUGCUCAGCCAGGAAGGCGAGGUGGACUUCUUGUCCUCGGCAGAGGCCCAGUACAUCCAGGCUCAGUCCAAGGGGCCCCCCUGUGCCCUGGAGUCUCUGGGAGGGGUCGAGGCAGGCCCUAAGGGACUCGACUCCUGCUCCCAGCAGUCAGGGACCUACUACCCCAUGGCCUCGGAGGGCAGCGAGCCGACCCUGCUGCACACCUGGGCCUCGCCUGAGAAGCCCUACCUGAAGGAGAAGUCCAGUGCCACCGUGUACUUCCAGACGGACAAGCACAACAACAUCCGAGACCUCAUCCGCCGCUGCAUCCACCGGACGGGGCAGGUCCUGGCCAUCCUGAUGGACGUGUUCACGGAUGUGGAGAUCUUCUGUGACAUUCUAGAGGCAGCCAACAAGCGUGGGGUGUUCGUCUGUGUGCUCCUGGACCAGGGAGGUGUGAAGCUCUUCCAGGAGAUGUGUGACAAAGUCCAGAUCUCCGACAGUCACCUCAAGAACAUCUCCAUCCGGAGCGUGGAAGGAGAGGUGUACUGUGCCAAAUCAGGCAGGAAGUUCGCCGGCCAAAUCCAGGAGAAGUUCAUCAUCUCCGACUGGAGAUACGUCCUGUCUGGAUCAUACAGCUUCACCUGGCUCUGCGGACACGUCCACCGGAACAUCCUCUCCAAGUUCACAGGCCAGGCAGUGGAGCUGUUCGACGAGGAGUUCCGCCACCUCUACGCCUCCUCCAAGCCCGUGAUGGGCCUGAAGUCCCCCAGGCUGGCCUCACCCCUCCAGCCCAGGGCAGGCCCCAGCCCACCGCCCGCCCGCCUCAGUGGCAGCAGCUGCUCUGCCAGUGACCGCACAUCCUCCAACCCCUUCAGCAGCCCGUCGACGGGCAGCAACCCCCAGAACCAGAGCCUGUCCUUGUCCUCGGGGCCCAGCAGUCCCCUGGCCCCAAACCCACCUCCGCCCCCCAGGUUUCAGUCCCACCACGGUCCCUGGGGGGCCCUGAUCCCACAGGCCCACUUGUCCCCAAGGCCCCUGGAUGGCCCGCCUGCUCUCUACAGCAACCUCAACGCCUACAGGCCCACGCGGCUGCAGCUCGAGCAGUUCGGCCUGGUGCCCAGGGUGGCCCACACCUGGAGGCCCUUUCUACAGGCCUCACCUCAUUUCUGAAGGGUCCCUGCCCCCAGCCGCCCUCCCUGGCCCAGGGCUGGGCAUUCCUGGAUUUUCUGGCCCAAGGACCCCGCCUCGACGACUAGCAGCUUUAACCUGCUUCCCUUUGAACUAAAGGCACUUAGACGAAAUCGUUGCCUGUGUUUGAAUGUUCCCAGGCCUGAGACCAUGCACUUGCUGACCCCCCGACUCCCUGGGUUUCCCUCCAGCAUGGCCUACGCAGCACAUCCCGGAAGGUUCCAGGGAGGUGGGGGAUGGGGAGCCAGAGGACAAAAUCAUGGAAAUAGAGCCCCUUUCUCCCAAAGAGCAGCCAGCGCCUUAAUAUAAAUGUUCCUGGAAUCUCUGUGAGAAGGGGCAGAUGCAGCCCAAGCCUUACAUAUGGGUAAACUGAGGCACUGAGAGGCAGAGGGUGGGUGUGAUUAAGGUACUCUUGUUUCCCAGUGCCCAGGAACAGUCCACUCCCCAGAGAUUCAGGAGAAAGGAUGGGAACAUUCUGGAUGUUUCUGGGAGAGGUGGGAAAACUCGUCCCUGGAAAGGUGUAAUUCAUCCCUGGGCCUGAUGAAUUAGGGAUGAGGCCCCAGUGAAAGUGUAGCCACUGGGGAUGAGGCAGGCUGAGGCGUCUAGGUGAUGGAGCUGGACAGGGCAGUUUAUCAGCUCAGGUUCUCACUUCCAAGAGCCUUGGGUCGGCCUGGAGGUCCCUGAGUCUGGACUGAGUCCCAGGGCCUUGAGUUGUCAGGAUCUGGGGGUGGCCCUGCAGCAGUGCCCAGGGCAGCCUUGAGCAACCAGGGAGGCUCCUGCGUUGACCUUGCAGCCCAGGCACAGCCAGCUGUCUCCAGAUCCAGGUGCCUCUGUGGCUUGUUGACAACCUGAAGCGCGAAUGUGGAGCCCUCACGAGCCCCAUCAUUCGCUGCUUCUCAGAUUCACAGUGUGCACUUUGUUCCCGGGCUGGUACUAGAUCCUAAGGGCACCGCCUAGCCAGGGGAUAAGGAAGAAAUACAGGGUGCGUAGGGAGCACAGAGGAGGUCGGCCAGCCCAGCUCGGGGAGGCUGGGGAACACUUCCCAGAGAAGUGACAGUUCACGGAGACCUAAAGAACAAGGGUGUCAUAGCUGGGGGUGGGUGUGAUCCCGGCUGCUCCAGCCCGAGAGAAACAGGUGCAAAACCUGCAUCCAUCUGCCUUUCUCUGUGUCCCCCUUACGCCCCCGCCACCUGCAACUCAUCUCAGCAGAUGUCUUCCCUGUUGCCAUUUCCAGCUCAGAACCCUUUGUUUCCUAAGGGUUUUUCAAACCCUGGUCCUGAUGCUGCUGUCUUCCUCCUAGCGGCCAUGAGGAGGUUCAAUGACUGGGUGCCACGGGGUGCUCUAAAUUGGAUUUCACGGUCUACCGAGAGAGCUUCAGGAAGGUAAAGCUUCCGAAGGGCCAGGAGCUCAAGGGGCUGCUCUGGCCCCCGCCCACGUCCGGCCCGGCCUCGGUGUCAGGGGAGAGGAGACCUAGCUGCCAGAAGGAACCCCGCUGCUCCCACUCACUCGCUGCCAGCCAGCUUCCCCUUUGUGGUCGUCUUAGGCGUUCACAAGUACUGCGUUUCCUCUUCCAGGCACCUUGUCGUGUGUGAUCCCUGCCUGCUGGGGCAUUAGGAGGGGUCUGCUUUGGCCCGUGGAAUGUGAGGACCACUUCCAGGCGGAAGCUUGAAGAGCCUGGGAGCAGCCGGCCACAUAGGAGCAUGCCUCAGGAUGGAGCCCCUCUGCCAGCACGGGCUCCUCAGAGACUGUGCUGAGCAGGCCCUCCCCUCCUACCCGACCGACCAGCAGUGGAUAAGUAAUAAGAGCAAGAGAUAAACCUUGGUUGUUUAAGCCGCCGAGAUUUGGAGUUGUUUCUUACUGCACUGUGAUCCAGCCCGGUCUGACUGAUACAACCUUGGGACCCACAGAUGCCAGGCUGGGCCAUCCCUUUGUGGGACUGGAUUCCCAAGGGCCCUCAGCCUUGGGCUCUUGUUGCAAGACACCAUAUCCACCAGGCGUCUAGGAGAGUUUUACAUACCUGUGAAGCAAGUCCUUAUCCAAGUUUGCAAUCCUCCCAAACCUAGCACGCCCAUCUUUAUUUCUGCUCCGGGCUGGAGGCACACCUGCGCCUGCCUUGGCCGGCCUACUUGCACGGGGCGGUCCUGAACAUCUGCAGUCUCUCCUACAGGGUGAAAUUCAACAACAGCGAAGGGGCGCCCACAUGUGCCUGGCACGGGUUCAGCGACAGGCAGAGACCCAGACUCGCUUCUGUCCUGGAGAACUCCAAAGUCAGCGGGGGCCACACCCGCCGGAACAACCCCCAUGAAGAAUACGAGAGAAUGAAAGAAACACGAUGAUAGUCUUGUCCAGGGGACAUGGUGAAGGGGGGCUUCACUUAAGGCCAAAUGCGUACCCCAGUCAGGGACUGGGGAUCACAUUAUCCGCCUGCAGGAUUGCAGCCAGGACUGACCAGAGAACUGAUUGCUAAUGACCAACCCUGCCCCCCAAACUCUCUCUAUCUGUAGCUUUCACUGGGUCCUCACCAGAUACCAACUGUUAUCCCCCUGUCUGCAUUGUAAGAGGCCAGAGGCCACGGAUAUCUUUGUAGGCCCUGAGGAACCCUAACCACAGUGGCUUGGACGUCCCCAGGGCAGACUGACAACCGAUUGGUCAAGGAGCUUUGCUCUUGCAAGAGGCACAAACAUUCAGAUGCCCCAGGAUGACCUUUCCUCCCCCUCUGUCCUGCCCCCACCUUGACCUGGGCUCCCCGCCUCCACCCGCCCGCCCAUCAUGGAAGUGCCAGAGCCCUAUCUUCAAAUGCUUCCUUUCCUGAACUUGGUCCAAGAAGCUGUUAGACACAGAGAAACUGUCACUCACAUUCUCAGCUUCCUCCUGAAGAGUGGAUGUGUGUCAGAAAAACUGUUAUCAGAGAAUGUAAAUAUUGCAGACACGCACGUAGGAAGCAUCAACACGACCUCCUUUUUCUCGUUCACUGUA